AGAGGCUUCCGUCGGGCCACUCUGCCAUAAAGCCCCGACUGGUGGAGGGCUGCAGUGAUAGUUGACUUUGUGGAACUUUCUCCCAUCUCCCUACUGCAUCUCUGGAGCUCAGCCACAGUGAUCUUUGGGUUCUUCUUUACCUCUCUCACCAAAGCUCUUCUCCCACGAUUGCUCAGUUUGGCUGGACGGCCAGGUCUAGGAAGAGUUCUGGUCGUCCCAAACUUCUUCCAUUUAAGGAUUAUGGAGGCCACUGUGCUCUUAGGAACCUUGAGUGCUGCAGAAAUUCUUUUGUAACCUUGGCCAGAUCUGUGCCUUGCCACAAUUCUGUCUCUGAGCUCCUUGGGCAGUUCCUUCGACCUCAUGAUUCUCAUUUGCUCUGACAUGCACUGUGAGCUGUAAGGUCUUAUAUAGACAGGUGUGUGCCUUUCCUAAUCAAGUCCAAUCAGUUUAAUUAAACACAGCUGGACUCCAAUGAAGGAGCAGAACCAUCUCAAGGAGGAUCAGAAGAAAUGGACAGCAUUGAGUUGGUUCAGAAUGGACUCCUCUAUGAGUGCAGCCCAAAUUCGUCAGAAGUUCAUCGACUUCUUCCGUCGCUAUGAGCACCACUAUGUCCACUCCUCGGCCACCAUCCCACUGGACGACCCCACGCUGCUCUUUGCCAACGCUGGCAUGAACCAGUUCAAGCCCAUCUUCCUCAACACCAUCGAUCCGUCCCAUCCCAUGGCCAAGCUGCGUCGUGCCGCAAACACCCAGAAGUGCAUCAGAGCAGGAGGCAAACACAACGACCUGGACGACGUGGGUAAAGAUGUCUACCACCACACCUUCUUUGAGAUGCUGGGGUCCUGGUCCUUUGGGGACUACUUCAAGCACCUGGCCUGUGAGAUGGCCUUGGAGCUUCUGACCAAGGAGUUUGGCAUUCCCAUCGAGCGUCUGUAUGUCACCUAUUUUGGGGGUAGCACUGAGGCAGGCCUGGAGCCCGACCUGGAGUGCAAACAGAUCUGGAUUGAUCUAGGGAUGGAUGAGGCUCGCAUCCUGCCCGGCAGCAUGAAGGACAACUUCUGGGAGAUGGGAGACACCGGUCCCUGUGGUCCCUGCAGUGAGAUCCACUACGACCGCAUCGGAGGGAGAGACGCCUCUCACCUGGUGAACAUGGACGAUCCCAACGUGCUGGAAAUCUGGAACCUGGUGUUCAUCCAGUUCAAUAGAGAAUCAGAGACGGAGCUGAAGCCCCUCCCUAAAAAGAGCAUCGACACGGGGAUGGGUUUGGAGCGGCUGGUGUCCGUGCUACAGAACAAGAUGUCGAACUACGACACUGACCUCUUCAUCCCUUACUUCAAAGCCAUUCAGAAGGGUACAGGUGCUCGACCUUACACGGGUAAAGUAGGUGCUGAGGAUGCUGACGGUAUUGACAUGGCUUACCGUGUACUGGCUGACCACGCCCGCACCAUCACCAUCGCCCUCUCAGAUGGAGGCCGGCCAGACAACACAGGAAGAGGGUACGUGUUGAGGAGGAUCCUGCGUCGUGCUGUCCGUUAUUCCCAUGAGAAGCUGGGGGCUCAGAAAGGCUUUUUCGCCUCUCUGGUUGAUGUGGUGGUCGAUUCCCUGGGGGAUGCGUUCCCCGAGUUGAAGAAAGACCCAGAAAUGGUGAAGGAAGUUAUUAAUGAGGAGGAGACGCAGUUCCUUAAAACCCUCAGCAGGGGGCGCCGUAUCCUCGAUAGGAAGAUCAUGAGCCUGGCAGACUGCAAGACCAUCCCAGGUGACACAGCAUGGCUGCUGUACGACACAUACGGCUUCCCUCUGGACCUGACGUCCCUCAUCGCAGAGGAGAAAGGCAUGAUGGUGGACCUGGCUGCUUUUGAGGAGGAGAAGAAGGCGGCACAGUUGAAAUCCCAGGGUAAGGGUGCAGGAGACGAGGACCACAUCAUGUUGGACAUCUACGCCAUUGAAGAGCUGAGAAACAAAAAGAUUCCCGCCACAGACGACUCUCCUAAAUACAAGUACAGCUCGGACCAAAACGGAAACUAUGCCUUCGAGCAGACCACCGCCACAGUCCUCGCCCUCCGCCGUGACCGCGCCUUCUGUGACGAGGUGACGACGGGGCAACAGUGUGGCGUUCUGCUCGACCAGACGACCUUUUACGCAGAGCAGGGCGGACAGACAUUUGACGAGGGCUACAUGCUGCGAGAGGACGACAGCACAGACGAUUUAAUGUCUGACCAUGCUGUGUCUCCACCUCUCUUUGUGUCUUUGCAGCGGACAGAGUUCACAGUGAAGAACACGCAGGUCCGAGGCGGUUUUGUUCUCCACGUGGGGACAGUUUAUGGCACACUGAAGGUUGGAGACCGCGUUACCUUACGUGUUGAUGAGGCUCGUCGUAGGCCCAUCAUGAGCAACCACACCGCCACGCACAUCUUAAACUUCGCCCUUCGGGGGGUUUUAGGGGAGGCAGACCAGAGAGGCUCCCUGGUCGCUGCAGACCGUCUUCGCUUUGACUUCACAGCUAAAGGUGCGCUGAGCACUGGGGAGGUCCGACGGACUGAGGAGAUCGCCUGUGCUCUCAUAAGAGAUAAUAAGGAGGUGUACGCCAUGGACGCCCCACUCGCAGAAGCCAAAGCCAUCCAGGGUCUGCGUGCCGUGUUUGACGAGACCUACCCCGACCCCGUCCGAGUUGUGUCUAUUGGUAUCCCCGUGGAGGAGCUGCUGAAGGACCCGGAGAGUGCUGCUGGUUCUCUCACCUCCAUCGAGUUUUGCGGUGGAACCCAUCUGCGGAACUCGGGUCACGCAGCACCGUUUGUCAUUGUCUCGGAGGAGGCCAUCGCCAAGGGCAUCCGUCGUAUUGUUGCUGUGACAGGAGCAGAGGCCCAGAAGGCUCAGAGAAAAGCUGAUUCCCUACAACAGUCUCUGUCCUCCCUGGGAGUCAAGGUGAAGCAGCAGAAGGCCCCAAACAAGGACAUCCAGAAGGAGAUCGCAGACAUGACAGAGAUGAUAGGCACAGCAGUGAUCUCUCAGUGGAGGAAGGACGAGAUGAGGGAAACUCUGAAGGGCCUGAAGAAGAUCAUGGAUGACCUGGACCGCAGCUACAAGGCUGACAUCCAGAAGAGGGUCCUGGAGAAGACCAAGGAGGUGAUCGCGAGCAGCCCCAACCAACCGCUGCUCGUCAUGGUGCUGGAGAGCGGAGCGUCGGCCAAGGCUUUGAAUGAUUCGCUGAAGCUGCUGAAGACUCAGUCCCCUCAGACCGCCGCGAUGCUCUUCACCAUCGACCCAGAGGCCGGCAAGAUCAUCUGCCUGUGUCAAGUCCCAGAGGAAGUGUCCAAACGCGGUCUGAAGGCCAACGAGUGGGUCCAGGAGAUUUGCCCCCUGAUGGACGGCAAAGGAGGCGGCAAAGACAUGUCGGCCCAGGCCACGGGCAGGAACACACAGUCCCUGCAGGACGCGCUAGAUGUGGCCAACGAGUUUGCACGGCUCAAACUGGGAGAGAACUGAGGCGGAGAGAGGAUUUGUUGUGAUGGCGGAGGAGUCGUGAGUCAGAAUCCAGCCAACAAGUCUCCUCCAAGCCUCCCCACUCUUUCCUCUUUUCUUCUCUCUUAGCGUGAAAAGAUAAAAACUUCCAGGUUGGUUUCCCACUCCUGCAAUAACGAGAGAUGACCGCUGACACUCAGCCACUAAAUGAGCCACUUGUUUUUUACACAAUAAUUGCAUCCUGUAAGAUCAUUCACUUUGGAAAUUGCUUGAAUAUGGAAGAAGAUCCUCUCGUGCAGUAAAGCUUAAAAGAAAGAAGAUGAGAAAGUAAUCGUAGUGUCUCCGUCAUUAUCUCAUUCCCACCACAAAUAAAAAUAAAAGGGAAGAACUUUUGAUGGUUUUAGCUUUCUGCCAGUACCAUACAGCUCAGGUGAAGUGACUAAACCUGUUUACUUUCUGUAUCAAACCUGUGUCCUGAUCAUGAAAUACUUCCACCGUGUCUCUGUUUGUCUCAUUUCACUCACUUUGCCUUUAAAACCCCUGCAGGUUCAUUUUCUGCUUCCACAUUAGCUGGGAAAGAAAAAUGAAGCACAAAUCCUGCUCUUAAAUGAUUUAGGCACAGUGUGCGCAGUGUGUCCUGUGUUGGCUGAUCUUCUGAUCUAAUCUGAACAGUGUCUUCGUCCGUCUGUGUGAGUGAAAGCCUCAGUUCUCUCCUUGAUUUGUCGGCCAUGAGUUGUAGCUGUGUCAUUAAUCUUUUUUCAAAUAACAAGCCGUUAUCUGUCAUGUGUGUCCCCAGGUUUAAUUUAGUAAAUUAAUACUUCAUUCAUAGAAUAAAUGAUCACUAAUUUGUCUCAUAAUAAAUCAGUGUCGCUUCAUUCCGCUGACAUUUGAAAUCGAUUGAAUGCAGAAUGUGGAAAAUGUCCUUCAUCGUUGUUGCUGUCGGAGAAAUGUCACGUUAUGAGAUUGGAAUAAAUACGACUGGUAAAUGCUG